AUGCGUGAUUUAACGGGCUAUUACAUCUGCGGCAUUUUUCAGCAACGGUCUAUUCUGGUGAAGAAGUUCCAUUUUUUUGGUAACGGAGACAAAUGGGCGUCCUAUGCUGUCAACGACAUAGUAGUCACGGUGCUGAUGAACCACCACAAAAAUGUUAUGAAGGUCUUGGGUUGCUGCUUAGAUUUGAAAGUUCCUGCUAUUAUCUAUGAAAUCGGGAUCAAUUAUGGACUUCUGUAUGACCUUCUUCAUAGUAGGGAAGAAAGGGAUAAUAUUGGUCGAUCACUCUCUUGGAGUAAUCGACUAAAAAUUGCAAGAGACGUUGCAAAUGCUCUUGUUUAUCUUCAUACUGCAUUUCCCACACCUAUCAUCCAUAGAGAGCUAAGCACCAAAAACAUCGUCAUAGACAGUAAUGGUGUUGCUAAGCUUGUCGAUUUCUCAUUCUGCAUAGCAUUGCCUCCAGGAGAAUCACAGGUGGAAGUAGAUACUAUUGUAGGGACGACAAAUUAUCUUGAUUUCGACUAUUUGACAAGUGGCAUUAUCACAGAGAAGGUCGAUGUCUACAUGUUUGGAAUUAUUCUCCUUGAACUCUUAGCUGGUUGUGGCCUUUCCCAAGUAGAUCAUAAAUAUACUCCUUUAGUGGAGUAUGUACAAAACCACGAGAAUGUGUUGAGUGAAAUUUUGGACCCGAUCAUUUUAGAGGGGAGCGGCGAAAUAGAGCAUCAAUUGCAGGCUUUCUGGAGACUUGCUUUGAGAUGUACUGUUGAAAGAGAAGCGGAUAGGCCAUACAUAAUCGAUGUGGCAAAAGAACUGGUAAGGAUUCAGAGGUCUGUUCAUCCAAUUUAG